UUCUCCACUUCUGAUUGGUGGAUUUUUGUCCAUGUUAUUUAUGUUUACCAGUGACAUCCAAUAAGCAGUGAAGAACUGCAAUCCUGUCGAAGUAAAGAGCGGAGGGUGCGGAUAUCUAUUUAAUUAAGUAACUACCUACCUGUUACCAUUCCCCUAAUGUAAUCACUAAUCCCCAUUCAUGCUCUCACUAGCGUGUACUGCCGUAGUGCCGUGUAGUAGUACGCGCCGUAGACCGUGGGACUGUGCUAUAUAAUUGUAGUGCUGUACAGACAUACAGUCCUCAGAAUUAGUUAUUAAUAUUAAUAUUUAAUGACAAUACCUAUAUAAUAAUACUUUUAGGUAACUUAUAAUUAUUUUAGUGUGUGUGUGAUGGCACGACGCGAAAACUGACCAUGUGCAUCAAGGAUUUUGUUAAUUUAUUCAUCGAAAAUUGACACUCACAACUCAUCACCAGUUAGUGAUGAUAUUUUGGUGUCAUGUUUAAGAGUUAGUGAAACGUAAAAAUCGUGUCGUCGUAAUUAUCGGAAAUCAGAUUCAGAUACAACCUUCGUAGAUCAUCAUAACGCUAAAUCAUGUGUGUUAAAUUGAAUACUGUGGAAGUUAAAUGUUGGGAUGCCUAUAUUUCAUAUUUUUAUUCAUUUAAGAACUUUUAUAUACAAAAUAAAAAUGAUCAACAGGCUAUUCAAGAUAUAACAGCAAGCCUUCAACUUCUUGAAAAUGAAGAUUUAAUGUCGGUUUCCAUGAUGCCCGGAGAUCUAGUUGCCGCAAAGUAUGAAAAUGAUGGUCUUUGGUAUAGAGCUAAAAUUUUAAAUAUUGAGGAAAAUGCUUUCACAGUUCAAUUUAUUGAUUAUGGAAAUUCAGAGUUGUCAACAAAUCUUAAAAUGUUACCUGAAAAAUUAGCUUGUUACCAUGCAAUGGCGUAUCAUUGCAUGCUUGAUGAUGUGGACCAUGAAGAAUAUGUAAUUUCAACUGUAAAUGAUAUAUAUGAUUUAAUUUUUGACUUUUUAGGAUCUGUUGAAGUAAUUGUAACUUUUUUAAACAACGAAGAAACCUAUUUGGUGAAUAUGAGGUGGGAUGAUAGAUGUAUAAAAACAUUAGUAAAUAACAUUAUUUCAUACGGAAUUACUCCAAAGACAUAUGAAACCUUGAAGGCAAUUGAUCAUUCUGGUGCAAAGAUGGUUGUGAAUCUCAUUUAUACUCAGUCAGUAAAUGAAUUCUAUGUAGAAACUGAAGAUAGUAAAAAAAUACAAAAUAAAAUUGAAUAUAUUCUUGAAAAUGAAACUAUUUGGGAACCGUUGACUGAAUAUAAAAUUGGUAAAAUAGCUAUUGCAAAAAGUAUAACUGACAAUAGAUGGUACAGAGUAAGGCUUUUAAUGAUACAUGAGGAAGGUGAAUGUACUUGUUAUUUCAUAGAUUAUGGAGUUCAAGACAAAUGUUCAGAAUUUUAUGAAGUGUUUGGUUAUUUAAAAUCAGCUCCUCCGUUUAUUAAACUGUGUUCAUUGCAUAUUCCAACUUUGAAAAAAAAUAAAAAGCUGUUUGAGUGUUUAUCAAAAAGUUUUAAGGAUGAAAUGGAACAAUAUAAACAUAAAAAGAUGACUAUAACUGUAGUUAAAACUGGCGAACCAACUGUAGUUGAACUCUUUGUUGAUGAUUUUAAUGUGGCCCAACUAAUCAAACCUAUUCCUGUCAUCGUGUUUAAUAUUAUUCAUUUGAAUAUAUUAACAGUUCAAGUAAAUUCUCCUAGUAGACAAGCUGUAAUGAGUGAAUUAAGUACAAUUAAAACUUUAAAUCCUGUUGAAAAACCAAAAUAUUGUAAAAUUUAUGGAGCUUUGGUAAACAAUCACUGGUACCGUGCAGAAUUAAAAAAUAAGUCUAAAGGUUUUAUGGAUGUAAUGUUAGUGGAUAUGGGAAGUAGUGUGCUAAAUGUAGAAAAACUGUUCGAGCUUCCUAAACAUUUACAAAAUGUUCAAUACUUGACUUUACGUUGUUCACUUGGGCUAGAUGAGAAGUAUUUCAGUCUUAAUAAACUGAAACAAAUAUGUAAUAGUAAAACAGAGUUCAUGAUGAUAGUAUUAGAAAACAAUAACAUUGAUGGACAUCUUAUACGUUUAUUUUUGAAUGAUGAAGAUGUUAUGACAAUCAUAAAGAAAGAUUGAAUAAAUAAUUGUUGUGUAUUUCUGUAUGAAUUUUUCUAUUUAUAAACAUUAACUUUAAUUAAUUAAUUAAUUUUUUUUUGUUAACAAUUUGCACUAUGGUAAUACAUAUCCAAAAUAUGAACAUUUAUCAUAACUUUUAAUUAUUAAUUACAUUUGUCAAUUUUAAUCCUUUUUUUGUAUUGCUUAUAGAAAAUAUAAUUAGACCUAUAUACUCAUUAAACAGUUAAAUUACUAUGUUGAUAAAACUAA